AUGAAGUUCCUUGCUAUUGUUGCAGCUUUCGCUGCUCAAGCCGCUGCUGUCGGUGUUUCUGGCGCUGCUGAGGGUUUCGCCAAGGGCGUUACUGGUGGUGGCUCUGCUACUCCUGUUUACCCUAGCACCACUGCCGAGCUGGUCUCGUACCUUGGUGACUCUUCUCCUCGUGUCAUUGUCCUCACCAAGACCUUUGACUUCACUGGUACUGAGGGAACUACUACCGGUACAGGCUGCGCUCCUUGGGGCACCGCAUCUGCUUGCCAGGUUGCUAUCAACCAGAAUAACUGGUGCAACAACUACGAGGCGUCUGCUCCUUCGACCACUGUCAAAUAUGACAACGCCGGUGUCCUCGGUAUCACCGUGAAAUCCAACAAGUCUCUCAUCGGCUCCGGAUCCGCUGGUGUCAUCAAGGGCAAGGGAAUCCGGAUCGUCAGCGGCGCCAACAACAUCAUCAUCCAGAACGUCGCCUUCACCGACAUCAACCCCAAGUACGUGUGGGGUGGCGACGCCAUCACCAUCGACAACGCCGACAUGGUCUGGAUCGACCAUGUCACGACCGCCCGCAUUGCCCGCCAGCACAUCGUCCUCGGCACUGACGCCUCCAAGCGCGUCACCAUCUCAAACAGCUUCAUCAACGGCGUCAGCGACUACUCCGCCACCUGCGACGGCUACCACUACUGGGGCAUCUACCUCGACGGCUCCAGCGACCUCGUCACCCUGAAGGGCAACUACAUCUACCACACCAGCGGCCGCGCCCCCAAGGUCCAGGGCAACACCCUUCUGCACGCCGUCAACAAUUACUGGUACUCGAACUCCGGCCAUGCUUUCGAGAUCGGUUCCGGCGGCAACGUUCUCGCUGAGGGCAACGUCUUCCAGAAUAUUCCUAUUAUUGCUGAGUCCCCUAUUUCUGGACAGUUGUUCACUAGCCCCGAUACUACUACCAAUGCCAAGUGCCAGACUUACCUUGGUCGGUCUUGUGUGAUUAAUGGAUUCGGAUCGUCGGGUUCUUUCAGCCAGGCCGAUACGGCUUUCCUGACUAACUUCUCUGGAAAGAACAUUGCUUCGGCUUCGGCUUACACUACUGUUGUUUCCAGCGUUACUGCCAACGCUGGUCAGGGUAAGUUGUAA